UGAUUUGCUAAUAACUUUGUGUAUGUCGCAAUCCGUCACAAGGGAAGAUGGCGGCGAAGAACAAGACUGCUGAUCGGCUCUGGCAGUUUGACGUUUCCGACCCCACCAAGCACCCUGAUGGCUUUACUAUAUACAAAGUAUCGUGCAAGGUGUUUCAAAUCCACUCACCAGAAAGUUUGACAGAGAUACUUAUUUGGAAAAGAUACAAUGACUUCAAGAACUUAUUCAGAGUGAUGCUGGCACUUCACAAGGCCCUUCAUAGAAAAGAAGAAUUUCCCCAGUUUGCCAAACCCAAACUUUUUGGUCGUUUUGAAGAUUCUGUGAUAGAAGAACGGCGUCUAAGUGCCCUACAGCUACUAAACUUUAUUGGUAAUCAAGCUCAUCUUCAUAGGUCUAAGGCAUUCCAGGAAUUUCUGAAGGGAGGAAAGCAGAGACAUGGUUUGUCUGGGAACGUGAUGAAACCAUCUAAGCUGGACAUUUUGUCACCAGAUUCUUCGUCCUCCACACAAUCUGACGAUUCCCAGACAAAAUCCAGCGAGGAACUGCUUCAGCCAGUGAAACAUCCACCGUACGAUCCCAACAGUAUCACCUCUGAUAGCAACACAGAUGGAGAAUCAGAAAACAGUGAUCAGAAGGAGAUGAAGUUGGAAGGUGUGUGGAAUUUCCCACAGAUCCCGGACAACAUCAGUCUGAAUUCCUACGACGAUGACACGGAGGACGGGGAUGUGGAGUCUAAUCUUAGUGCCUCUCUACCCGACACGGACAUUGCCUAUUUUGACCCCCUGUCUACUGAAGACCUUGAUGGCAAACCAGAUAUACAUACAAGCGGUAGUUGGCUUUUUGCAGCCAUGAAUACAUGUGCAGAAAUGGACUCAGAAGACUUGAGAGAUGAAACUGAUUCAACAACCCCAUCAGAUACUGAUGCUGGUAUUCAGAUUGACUUCGAUGAGAAGACGGAAGAGAUGACAGCCUCCACAGAUACAGUGAUAGAAGUCCGAGUUGAUGGCGUUCAUAAGUCGGAGACCGACACUGAAAGCCGGAAAUCUUCAACACCUGAUCUCAGUGAAUUUGACCCACUGAGAAUGAGGACUGAAUCCAGUGUGGAGUAUGGUAGAGGUGACCUUGACCUUUCCAACGCUACUGGCAAAGGAAGUGUGUCAUCUCGUAGUAACAGCGCAGCAUCAAGUGCAACAUCUUCCCCUGCACAUAAGGUUGGUCGCAGUCCAAACCGAAUACGGUCACACACGGGCGAGUCGGUGUCUACCAUGGACCUUGGGGGUAAGGAAGACUAUAUCUACAUAGCAGCCAAUCAGAUCUGUCAGGCUCAGGACCAUGAGGCGAAUGGCCGAUACGAGCAUGCCUUCUCCUCGUACAAAAGUGGGGUUGGAAUCUUACUCCAGGGAGUUCAAGGUGAUAAGAAUAAAGCAAGAAGAGACGCUGUGCGGAGAAAAACAGCCCAGUAUCUGAUAAAGGCAGAGGAUCUGUACAACAGACACCUGGCUAAAGAAACGCUUGAUCACAAACGAUGGGCGGCUGAUGGAGACUUGUCACCGCUAUCAGAAGUUGACCCCUCUCUGGCCCUGCUGAAGGGCUCCACAGGGGAACUUAAGAACUACAAGGUACUGGGGACUGUAGACUCUGUGUUACUAGUCAUGGAUAGAAGUACGGACGAUACAUACAUCAUGAAGACAGUCCACAAAUCCAGUACCUGUAAUACAAGGUCUCGGACCAUCUUACCGGUAUCAUGCCCUUAUAUGGUAGGACUUCACAAGUUUUAUGAAACAGAUAACGCCAUUCACCUGUUGCUGCAGUAUGCCACCGGCGGCAAACUGUGGACCUACAUUGGUGCUUAUCUCCACGCUAACCGAGGCAACACCCGGGACAACGCUCCCGGGCUGGUCACAGAUCACGACCAGUUCACUCAUGCAUAUAUGGGGCAAAAAAUCCAUAGCCAUGAUAACUUGGCGCCUGAGUCAAAUAACCUGGUGGCUGGUAAAGAGAAAGAUGAUACGAAUAAAAUGUGUAAUGAUUCUGAAUUUGCUGCGCUUCAUAUGAAAUACACUAAAGACAAUGAAACAUGUGCCUACAGUCAUAACAAAACAGACGAUUCGUGUGCAGAUUCGAAAGUUCUAGAGGCUAAAUCUAAGGUGUCAGAAGAUGAAAAAAACUGUGAUAAGAGGACAAGUCCUGCCGAUCGGAAAACGAGAACGCACACAUUAAGUAGUAUUUCUUCCUUGGACAACCAAGAUAUCGGAGAAACAGACAUACAAGACUACAAGUCUUGUGCACUAGACCAGAGAGAUUUUCAAAUUAGUGAUAUUUUAGAGAACACCAAGCCUAAUUUAGAUUGUUUUAGUAUAAAUAGUGUAGAAAGUAAUGAAGGAGUUCAGAGAAUGGACAGCAAUGCGUCGGAUAAUCCCGCAUUUGAGUGUAUUCCCGAGGAGAGUGAGUUGUCACCAAGACACCGGCCUCUUGUUGAGGACGAUGUUUUUCCUGGGGGAAAAGUCGAAAAUAACCUACAGGAUCAUGAAACUAUACCUGAGAAUGAUUCAGACAUGAUUGUGCAAAACGCGAAGAAGUUGAUUAAGUCAGUUGAAAGGACAUUAUCUCUAGUUGAUUUCGAAGUUGAGGAAGUGAUUUCACCGAAAAAAUUGUCAGAUUUUGAUGUAGACCGUGAAAAAAUUAGUUCUAGUGUUAAAGACAGUAAUGAUUUGUCCUCUGGCACGCCAACAUCACAAAACAUAAGUGACCUUCAAGACGAAAGGUUGCAAAGUCGAAAUUCUGAAAAUCUGGCAGAUGAUUAUGAUAGUUCGAAUGAAACCAGUAUAUAUGACCUCAACAGAUCGGGCGAGGACACAAGUGAAGGCGAACCAGCUAAGUCGCUGAGUGAUUCUCCGCAUAAGCAUCUGUCUGACCUUGAUUUAUUAGAAGAUAGUAAGGAUAGAUCAAGCACAUUAGUCAAACCCAAUUCAGACCCAGACUUAUCCUCAAGACGAUAUAGUGACCUUGACCGCAAAGAGUCAAGGUCAUCAACUUUCACUGAACACUCCUUGACUAGACAUCCGACUCCUCCUAAAAAACUUAGUCUGGCCCGCAUGAAUUCAAAAGAUCUUUGCCGGUCAGCAUCUAUGGAACGAGAGCUGACCUCUCCAUUAAAGACCAGACAUAGGAAUUUAUCUGGAGUGUUUCAGCAGCUGGAUCUUGCCACUAGUAGUCCAGACCAGGUUCAUCUGCCAGAAUCUUGUAUCCAGCAGUGGGCGGCCGAGAUGGUGGUGGCAUUGUCAAGACUUCAUGCUGAGGGAAUUCUUUGCAGAGAUUUGAAGCCUGACAACGUGCUGCUUGGGGAGCGGGGACAUGUCCUGUUGACUUACUUUUGUCAGAUCAGUACCACAGAGAAAGAUGUCGACUUCGAGGCUGUGGACCAACUAUAUGUUGCCCCUGAGGUGAGAAGUAUAUGUGGUUACACUGAUGUCUGUGACUGGUGGAGUCUAGGAGCCCUUCUCUACGAGCUUCUUACUGGACGUAGUUUAUUGAGCUGUCAUCCAGGAGGAAUCACUUCACAUACACAACUUUACGUACCAGAGAGUUUGUCUACCGAGGGAAGGGGUCUCCUCCAACAGCUAUUGUGUUACAAUCCACGUGAGCGUCUUGGAGCUGGGAUCAAUGGCGCGGAGGAAAUAAAGGCACAUCCUUUUUUCAAUGGAGUGAACUGGAAUGCUCUGGAGAAUUUGUGUACAUGAAAAAAAAAAUCCACUGGAAGCCUGAAACAUUGACAUGCUAAAUGUAUGAUCCAAAUGCAAUUGCUGGUUACACAAUCCAGUUACAUUUGCUGGACACACAAUCCAGUCACAUUUGCUGGACACACAAUCCAGUCACAUUUGCUGGACACACAAUCCAGUCACAUUUGCUGGACACACAAUUUUUAGUCACAUUUAAAAAUGAAUUAUGCUGGAUACACAAUUGAAAUCAAGUCACAUCUACUCGACAUACAACCUAGUCACAUUUGCUGGACACACAAUUAAAAUACAGUCACAUUUGCAGGACACACAAUUAAAAUGCAGUCACAUUUGCAGGACACACAAUUAAAAUGCAGUCACAUUUGCAGGACACACAAUUAAAAUGCAGUCACAUUUGCUGGACAUACAACCUAGUCACAUUUGCUGGACACACAAUUAAAAUGCAGUCACAUUUGCUGCACACACAAUUAAAAUGCAGUAACAUUUGCUGCACACACAAUUAAAAUCCAGUCACAUUUGCUGCACACACAAUUAAAAUCCGGUCACAUUUGCUGCACACACAAUUAAAAUGCAGUCACAUUUGCUAGAUAUACAAUCUAGUCACAUUUGCUGGACACACAAUUAAAAUCCAGUCACAUUUGCUGGACACACAAUUAAAAUCCAGUCACAUUUGCUCGACAAACAAUUUAAAUCUGGUCACAAUUGCUCGACACACAAUAAAUAUUCAGUCAAUCUGCUGGAUACAAUUUAAACAUUGAACAAUAAGUACAGUUUGCUUGACUUAUCAAACUCAAGGAUAACAAACUUUCAUACUAGAUUUUCAGAAAUUUAAAUCUAGAUGUGAAUACAACAUUACUGCUGUCAAAAGUGCAUUAUUUUCAUGAACACAGACCUAAACAACUGCCCAUUGCAAUGUCAUCACGAUGGCAUCAUUUAACUGUAGAUAGCCUUCUCCACAUAAAACUCAAUUAAUUCCAGGAGAAAAAGUAUCCCAGCACAGUUUUAACUAAGCUACUUAAUUCCAAUAUGCCUACUCAUAUGACUUUUAAAAUUGGUUGAUCCACAACUAGCUAUUGUAGUUGUAGGAAAAAGUAUGGAUAGAUUCGGAUCAAGGGUGAUCCACUGAUCAUGACUCAUUUGAACAUUUUUUAACAUUUUAUAAACACAAAAAAUGAAAAUGCAUAUACAGUGUAUUUUCUUGGUGAACCAGUCUUUAUUUAAUAUUUUACCACAA